ACAGACAGUCACUUACUGCUUAAAGACAUUCCAGCCUCGGUUCUGAAAUGGAGUUUUUCCACAGUUCUCCAAUAAAUCUCCUGUUUUUAGCUGCCUGGUUUUCAAGUGUGCUGGAUCCAUGCAGAUUGUCUGACAUUUGCCAGUCCUGUCAUCAGCAUGCCAGUUGUCCUCUAAAUGAUGACGUCAAACAUGCCUGCUUCUGCAAAAAUGGUUUCACUGGUGAUGGAAUCAACAUUUGCCAGGAUGACAAUGAGUGUGACAAUGUAACAGGAAUAUGUGGCCCAAAUGCCAACUGCACCAACACUGAUGGAAGUUAUUACUGCACCUGUGUUUCUGGCUACACUUCAAAUGGACAGCAACAAUUUCAAACCAAUGACGGCACCCACUGCAAAGAUAUUGAUGAGUGCUUGGAUGCCGGUAGAUGUGGUCCCUUCUCUAAAUGCAACAACACAAAUGGUUCAUUCAUCUGCUCAUGUCUGAGAGGUUAUACAUCCCCAGCUGGUCCCUGGUUCAAGCCAGGCAGAGGGACAGACUGCACUGAAAACCCAAAGAAGCACUGCCAUCAGGACCACAGGUGUAUUUUACAGGCAGUUAACAACACACUGGAAACAAUGAUUCAUCUGUCAACUCCAGAGCGCCUGAGGGAGAUAAGACAUCAAACAUCAGCUCACCUCUCUCCAGUUCUCCUCAUAUCGUACAUCGAGGCUAUGGCCAGCCAUAAACUGAGUUCUACAGAUAAGCUUGAACAUCCUGAGGAACACAUAAAUGAAACGAUCAUGGAUUUGGUUUUUAGUGUGAAUAAUUUGGUGGAGAGUGAUGAAAAAGUGGAAUGGGACAGAAUAAAGGAGGAUUUAAGAAAUUAUUAUCUCACCACACUACUUCACACAGCAGAGAAGCAAACACUGGCCCUUUCUGCAUCAUACACACACUCGGUGCAGAUGCAGGUGAACGCUGGUGAUGUAGAAAUGAAACUAUUCACAUUUGAACCGCACCAAGCACACAAGCAUCCAGUUUCAGCCAACAUGCAUGGAAACUCCAUUGCAUUGACUCCUAAGAACACAAAGGAUGAAAGGAAAAAUGGGAGCACCUCCAUUGUCUUUCUCGUUUAUAAGAGUAUUGGGGGUCUUCUGAAGCCCACCGAUGACCCUGGUGUCGCUGAUUACACACGAUAUGCUGCAGCUGGUGAAAUUACAGUUCAUUCUCCAGUAAUAGCAGCUGCCAUUAGUAACCCAAAGACAUUCACCCUGAACAAUGUGACCUUCACUCUCAUACACACAGAGGAAAUAGACCCUGCCCGUGAUGAAACAAAGUGUGCAUUCUGGGAGUAUUAUCAGAGCAUGGUGGGACACUGGAGUUUGGAAGGGUGUAAACGAACCCAUGUGAACGCCACACACACUUCCUGUUCUUGUAAUCACCUGACACACUUUGCGAUUCUUAUGUCCUCAGCUCAGGCCAAUUUGUUUGCGCACUAUAAUGUUCUGACGAGGAUAACACAGCUGGGAAUGGUUAUCUCCCUUAUCUGUCUGUUCAUGUGUAUCUUCACCUUCUGGUUCUUCCGAGACAUCCAGACCACCAGAACCAUGAUCCACAAGAACCUGUGCUGCAGCCUUUUUAUGGCCCAGUUCAUCUUCCUCAUCGGCAUCAACAAGUUUGCACACAAGUGGUUCUGUUCCCUUAUUGCUGGCCUGCUCCAUUAUUUCUUCUUGGCUGCAUUUGCGUGGAUGUGUAUUGAGGGAAUUCAUUUAUAUCUUAUCGUUGUUGGCGUCAUCUAUAACAAAGGUUUCCUCCACCGGAACUUCUACAUAUUUGGUUAUGGAAGCCCUGCUGUGGUCGUUGCCAUAUCUGCAACUCUUGGCUAUAAAUAUUAUGGCACUAGUACUGUGUGUUGGCUGAGCACUGAAAAUAACUUCAUCUGGAGUUUCAUUGGACCAGCCUGUCUGAUCAUUCUGGUUAAUCUGCUGGCAUUUGCGGUGAUCAUCUUUAAGGUUUAUCGUCACACAGCAGUAAAGACACCUGAAAUCAGUCACUAUGAAAAUAUCAGGUCUUGUGCUAGAGGAGCUAUUGCUCUUCUGUUUGUUCUAGGAGUUACCUGGACAUUUGGUGUCAUGCACAUCCUAUAUGAGACCACCCUCACUGCAUAUCUCUUUACCUUUGCCAACACAUUCCAAGGGAUGUUCAUUUUCAUAUUCCUUUGCGUUCUAUCCAGAAGGAUUCAAGAGGAGUACUACAGAUUAUUCAAGAAUGUUCCAUGUUGUUUCGAGUGUCUGCGAUGAACUUAAAAAAGUGUUAUCUACAGCACCAUCCUGCAAAUAUUUUUAAAUCUACACUGUAAAAAAUACUGUCACCUAUAAAAAGUGCUUCAUGUGGUAAAAUCUAAAUUAACUAGUUUUAUUCAAGUCAAAUAUGUUGUUUAAUCUGACUAAAUCAACCUGACAAAUUAGGUUACACCAACAAAACAAAUUUUUAUGGGUUAGAUAUACAAGUAGUAGAAAAAUAUAAUUGAGGUAACAACUGCAGUGUUAAGUAGGGAUGCACCGAUACCACUUUUUCACUUCCGAUUCCAAUAUCGGAAAUCUCAGUAUCGGCCGAUGCCGAUACCAGUGUUGUUUUUUUGCAUAAUCCGUUUAGAAUAUCUUUACAUUAUUGUGUGGAACUAAUUGGGAGUACUCUUUAAUAUGUAAAGAAACACAAACCUCUAACUACACAUUAUUUCAAUAUAAAUGUAUAGUUUAUUAAGAAACACUUUAUUAUUAACUAGUAUACUUGAUAAUGUAGCAGCAAAAUUAACAGUAAUUCCUGUCUUCAGGUCUUCAGUAGAAAAGAAACCAGUUUUAUUUUUGCCUUUUUUUAUUUAUUUUUUUUAUUUUAUUUUUUUAUGUUUCAACUUGCAUCUGGACUUUAAAGGAUUCAGAUCUCUUUUUUGUUCAGUUUAGUUGUAGGACAUCAGUCCACUUUUCAUUCACACAGUUAUUUUUUGGAACCCAUUCAACUUAAAUAUUGUUAUAAAUUGUAAACAAAUACUAAUGAUGAUGAUAAUAAUAAUAAUAAAUUGUUAUUAAUAUUAUUAUUAUUGACAUUUAAUACAACAGUAAUAUAUUUAAAUCGUGCACUUUUUAAACCCUCACGCUUUUAUUUUGACAUUCUAAACUCUCACAGUAGUUUAAUUCGCAUCUUAUUCAAAUUCUGGUCAAAUGCAUCUCCGGUGAGUUUGUGUCAACAGAGCAGCACCAUUCACUAACGCGCUGGCACUGCGCAUACUAUAUAUUUACUUAUUAAACACAGACUUUUGUGAUUCACAGAGCUAUCGCACGUCUUCAAGUGGCUUUGAAUCAAAUGCACGAGUCAUAUGAACUGCAUUAAUGGUGUUUUUAUGGUUCUUUUAUGUCAUUUUUGGAGCUUGACAGUAACGAACAUGACUAACACACAGUAUCGGAUUUGGAUCGGGCUCGUCGGAACGAUACCCGAUCCGUCUAAAAGCUUCAGUAUCGGAGCUGAUACCGAUCCAGGUAUCGGAUCGGUGCAUCCCUAGUGUUAAGCUCUAUAAAAAUGUACUAAGGAUGGAGGUGUAUUUCUACAGUACAUCUAGACCACUGGAGUAAGAUGUUUUAAAAGAACCUCAACUGGGAAAGUUUCAAUAUAUACAUUUUUUGGAGAAAUUUAUUCUAAAAUGUUACUGCUUGCAAAAUAUCUUAAUGUUUCUAAAAAAAAAUAAAAAUAAAAAAUAAAAAGGUUUUUACAUUCAGUAGCUAAACAGUAUUUCCACCUGGAGAUAUAUGUACUUUGUAUGUACUUUAUGCUGGAGUAAUAAAACAUUUUCUGCCUUUUA